AUGGUCAACACCGGUGAGGCUGUCGCCGCUGGCAUGAAGACGGAUGGCGGCAAUGCGGCUUUCCAUAACUUUCACAACGACUUCGCACACAUUCAGGAUCCGAAUGAGCGUAGACGACUUGCUCUGGCCGAGAUUGACAAGGCACCGUUCGGCUGGUAUCAUGUUCGAGCUAUCGUGGUCGCUGGUAUUGGCUUCUUCACUGAUGCCUACGAUAUCUUUGCUAUCAACUUUGUGACCAACAUGCUUGGUGUCGUUUACUGGCAAGGAGCUAAGGGCGCCAACGCCGGAGUCAUUCCUCCCCACUCAGAUACCGCCAUCAAGGUCGCAACUUCCGGUGGCACCGUCAUCGGUCAAGUUGGCUUCGGAUGGCUGGCUGAUGUUGUCGGUCGCAAGCGGAUGUAUGGUCUUGAGCUCAUUCUCAUCAUCUUCGCGACUCUCGCCCAGGCUCUCUCUGCGUCCUCUCCAGCCGUCUCGAUUGUCGGACUGAUGAUCUUCUGGCGUGUCCUCAUGGGUAUUGGUAUCGGUGGUGACUACCCCUUGUCGGCCAUCAUCACAUCCGAGUUCGCAACCACCAAGUGGCGCGGCGCCAUGAUGGGCAGUGUCUUUGCUAUGCAGGGAAUGGGUCAAUUGGCCGCUGGCUUGAUUGCACUGAUUGUCAGCUCCGGCUUCAAGGAGUCACUCCAGACAGCCAAGGGCUACGGCACCUGCGGUGGUGUCUGCGGUCUUGCUGUCGAUAAGAUGUGGCGUGUCAUCAUUGGCUUUGGCGCCGUUCCUGGCUGCAUUGCGCUGUACUUCCGUCUCACCAUUCCGGAAACACCCCGCUACACCUUCGAUGUCGCCAGAGAUACCGAGAAGGCUGUCGAGGACGUCAAGGCGUACAAGGCUGGACAGGCUGAGGGUCACCCAGAUGAAGUCUCAAGAGCAGGUGUCCUCCAGGACUCUCGCGCACGUCUCGACCCGCCAAAGGCAUCGUGGGGCGACUUCUUCCGUCACUAUCGUCAGUGGAGACACGGCAAAGUCCUGCUCGGUACAGCAGGCUCAUGGUUCUUCCUCGAUGUGGCUUUCUAUGGUCUCGGUCUCAACAACAGUAUCAUUCUGCAAGCCAUCGGCUUCGCCAAGGGUGACAACGUCUACGAGAUCUUCCGUCGUGCUGCCAUUGGCAACUUGAUCAUCGUCUGUGCUGGUGCUAUUCCAGGUUACUGGGUCACCGUGGCUCUUGUCGACACCGUUGGACGCAAGCCCAUCCAGCUCAUGGGAUUCAUCAUGCUUACCAUUCUCUUCAUCAUCAUUGGUUUCGCAUACAGCCACCUCGGCGAGGGCGGCUUGUUGGCCCUCUAUGUGUUGGCCCAAUUCUUCUUUAACUUCGGACCCAAUGCGACCACUUUCAUUGUGCCAGGAGAGUGCUUCCCAACACGAUACCGCUCGACUUCGCACGGUCUCUCAGCUGCCUCCGGCAAGGUCGGCGCCAUCAUUGCUCAGACUGUGUUCGGCCCUCUCCGAACCAAGGGCCAUCCUACCAAGGCCAACCCAACGCCAUGGCUCAAUCAUAUCAUGCAGAUCUUCGCGCUCUUCAUGCUUUGUGGUGUUUUCACCUCACUGUUGAUUCCGGAGACGAAGCGCAAGACUCUUGAGGAGCUCGCUGGUGAAGUUCCGGGUACUGCCAACUACGAUCCGGACUCUGCUGGACAUCGCAAGAGCUCGGUUGGAAUCGUUCGUGGUGACUCUGACGAGUCGGGUGUGAUCCAGGAGUCGAGGGAGAAGAGUGCUGUCUAA